AUGUGGCCGAUCGGGCCACUGGUGAUUCGGUUAAUCGCCGUAUCACUGGUGGCACUGGCCUUGGCCGAUCCUGGCCCAGGCAGCGGGUCAUCAGCGGUUGCUAGAUUACCGGAACGUACAACGGCUCUACCUAUACGAACCACAGUGCCGAUGACUAGGAAACAAGAACGCCGGCAAGGCAAGCGCCGUCGCACCACAACCACCACUACCACUACUACAACCACUGAGAUGUACGAUGAUGAAGAUGAACAUACUACUGUUACUACCACCACUGUUGAUCCGAGGACAUACGAUCACACUGAGAUCGGGAGCUGUGAAGUACCACUAGGCAUGCAGAACGGUAUGAUAUCAAAUGAGUCCCUUGCCGCUAGUUCCAGUUAUGACCAGAGCGUGUCUCCACUAAGUUCAAGAAUUAGAACGGAGAUACGAGGAGGCGCUUGGUGUCCUAAUGGUUUGAUAUCCCCUCGAAGUCGUCAAUACUUGGAAAUAGAUUUACACGAUGAAUACCUGAUCACUGCAACGGAGUCACAGGGCAGGUUCGCCAACUCUGUUGGAGUAGAGUUUGUUGAGAGUUAUUCGGUUGAGUACUGGCGGAACGUUUUGAGCCGUUGGGUCAAAUACAAGGACUUCAAUGGCAGCCGUCUAAUUCCAGGCAAUGUCAAUACUUAUACACCGAGAAAGACCACAUUAGAAGCCCCAUUUGUUGCUUCCAAAGUGAGGUUCUUUCCAUACGCCGCACAUCCACGAACAGCUUGCAUGCGUGUCGAAAUCUAUGGCUGCCGCUGGAAACAGGCCCUCGUCGCGUAUUCAGCACCCCAAGGAGGAGAUAUGCAAGCUAUGACUGGUGGGGCACGUUUUGAAGAUCUCUCAUAUGAUGGUAUCAUGCGCAACGGCAACAUGAUAAAUGGACUUGGUCAAAUAACUGAUUCCUUCAUUGGCCCAAAUGACUUCGAACUACCAGAUCCCCUAGAUACUCGGGGUACCCGAUGGGUCGGUUGGAAUAAAACAAUGCUAACCAAUGAUGAAAUUAACAUAACUUUCAACUUCACCGACCCAAGACUUUUUCAUUUCAUGGACGUUCACACUAAUAACAUGUUUACAAAAGACGUGCAGUUGUUCAAAGAAGCAGAGGUGUACUUUUCUCUAGAAGGGGAACGUUGGCAAGAAGACUUUAUUUCUUACGAACCCAAACAAGACAGAGUCUCCGAACAUGCUCGUACAAUCCAUAUUGAUCUAGAGAACAGGACAGCGAAACAUAUCAAGAUGAAACUAAAGUUUCAACAUGAAUGGAUCCUUAUCAGCGAAGUCACUUUUAAAUCUGUUCCAACAGUUAUCAAUUCAUCAGCGGAAUUUCUUGAGGAAUAUUAUCGAAGUGACUCACCUCCAUAUUCAAGAAAGAAAAGAAAUUCCUCUUUACGAGUAUCUGUGGGUCUUGCUUGCGGAGCCGUCGUUGGGGUCGGGGCUUGUAUUGCAGCCAUAGCUGUGUUAAUAACGAAGCGAACCAGAAGGAGGAUACCGAAUGUUUUGAAGAAACCUUUUUGUCCAUCACUAAGAAAUGCUAAUGCUCGAAAUAAUCGCAGAGCGCCCAGGCUUGCUUUAGCAUUAGCAAAUUGUCCACCAAUUCACAUGCUCCGGCCUGCCGUAGUUGACGAGGACUACAGGGAACCUUACAACAUAUGGAGAGAAACACUUGGUCGACGAGAUAAACAAGAGAUUCAUGAUCAAAACGAAUACAACGAAAUUUGCGAGGAUCCUGAGUUCCCCCGACCCUACAUGAUGAAACGACCCGAUCCGCAUGAAAGUUUCUACGCAGCCACAGACAUUAUUCAUCACACUUAUCCCGACGAGCGAACUCUAAGACGCGAACGUCCUGCCCCAGGACUCUUCACGUCCAUUAAACUACCUGAAGCCGAGCCCCCAAACGGAGUGGCGCCCCUGCUGGAUUUCCCGCGGGGGCGCAUGCGACCGGUUACUUUCCUAGGCGAGGGACAACAUGGCACUCUCCAGAUUUGCGAGACGGACGGCAUCGAAGAAUUGAACGACGAAGAUACACCGAUUGGCCAUCGCCGCCGCCUUGUUGUCGUCAAGACAUUAUGGCGCGGAUGCCAUAGCGAUAUCAAAGCGGCGUUUGCCCGCGAAGCUACAUGGGGUGCGGGCCUGAAACAUCCACAGCUCGCACGUGUGCUUGGAUUGAGCCUUCUAGAACCCCCAUGCGCGGCACUCGACCGCGGAGACGCUGUCCCUCUCCCGACGAUACUGAAAAUGGAACGGAGAUUGAAUUAUUCGAGUUUGAUUCACAUAUGCUGUCAAAUAGCCAGCGGCAUGAAGUAUCUGGAAUCGUUCGAGUUAGUACACCGGGAUCUCGCGGCAAGAAACGUAACGGUGAGCGACGACCUCCAUAUUAAAAUAUCUGAUUACGCCAUGUUCUGCGAGGAAUUUGUUGGUGACUACCAUAUUUUAGCCGACGGAUCCCGCAUCCCACUGCGAUGGAUGGCCUGGGAAAGCUUAUUAUUGGGAGUCUUCUCACCAGCCAGCGAUGUUUGGUCCUUUGGUGUAACCGUUUGGGAAGUGCUUACAUACUGUUUGGUCAAGCCAUUUGAGGAGAUGAACGAUGACCAGGUGGUAGCCAAUGCUAAUGAAUGGCGUUCAGGCGGUCGUAAUGCUCGAGUGCCAGCUGCUCCUCCACCGCGCUGCCGCCGGGAACUCUACGAUCUGAUGCAUGAGUGCUGGCGCCGAGAACCCAUGCAACGUCCGCGCUUCCAUGAACUCCACCGCUUUCUUGACCAGAUGACCCACGGCUACAAACCACCCAUGCGCCGUUGA